AUGGCUCUAAAACUUCGGAAAGACAUAAAAAAAUCCAGCUACUACGUUUGGUUUCUCGGCGCCAAAGAAUCCAAAGGCCUGCGCGGCACCGAGUACAUAAUACCCGUAAUCAAGCACCUCGAAGAACGAGAGAAAGACAUCGAACCGUUCAAAGUCACCCUCCAAGUCUCCCACAAAGGCCUCAAGAUCAUCCAAAACAUCGUCUCCCAAAACCAGAAGAACUCCAAGCCGAAGAACGAGACCAUCAAGCACUUCAUACCGCACAACACCAUCACCUGCGUCUACCAGCAGGACGACGUCAUCGCCUGCAUCCUGCUGCUCUUCAAUCCCGUCACCAAAUGUCCGCUGCACGUGCACGCCUACAGGUGCGACAGCCUCGAAACGGCCACGCUGCUCAAAAACCAGCUGCAGAUUUUGAUCGAGCGCCCCGACAACCAGAAGAAAUUCACCGAAAUCGAGAGCCGCCUCAAGCCCCAGAAGGAGCUGAAGAAGGUCGAUAGCAGCAUCGGCAGCGACACCGGCACCUCCACCAGGGAGAGCGAGAGCAGCGAAGAAAGAUACGCCGUGGAAAGCACGCGCGUGACCACGCUCUACGACUCCGUGGCUGCGGAGCUGCGCGCCAAGCUCGGCAAGAAGAGCUCCCCGAUCCUCUUGCCGCCGCGCGACUACGACACCGUCCACCGCAACAAGGGCAACCUGACCGGCAUCGAGCUGAGGCGCUGUCUCAACGCCAACAUCGUCGGCCAGAACGUGAAGGGCAGGCGGCUGGAGAGCAGCGGCGGCAGCUCCGGCAUCGGAUCCGACCAUCCGCCCAGCCCAGAGUCGCCCGACGCGCCCGACUCCAGGUUCAACACGUUGGACAACCAGAGCACCAGCGACGAAGAUUGGAAUGGAGACACCGCAGAAUCGACCGUUUACCUCAUGCAUCAACCCGCUCAAAUUCACACCCCCAAGCCUCCCAGGGACAAAUCCCCGGACUCCCAUCAAAGAUACUCCAGAUACGUCGAACCCCAUUCCCCGAAAUUCGAAAAUUCAGGUUACAAAUCAGCGAGAGAUGGAUCGCAGAAAUUCAUGGAGAAACCGAUUACAAAAUACACCGAAAAUAAGUACAUAGAAAGACAGAGGAGCUUAGAAAAAGACAAAUUUUCUAGUAACAAAUUUGCCGAAAGAACGAGAAGCUUGGAGAAGGAGAAAUUCAUGCGCCACUACGAUCACGAAGGUCGUUCAGGGAGCUUGGAGAAGAACGAAAAAUAUGGAGACAACAGGUAUUAUUAUCAAGGAGACGAAGAACCCGACAAGUUCAAUAGGUACUUCGAAUCGGACCGCUAUCCAGAGAAAUCCAGACAGGCCACCGACGAUUAUCAUGCCAGAAAGGACAAACCCAAACCAACUAAAUAUUUCGACGACGCCGAUUUCGAAGAAAACGUCAGGUACAAAAACAAACCGGAUUUCGAAAGAGGCAAACCCCGAUUCACUUACGAGGAAGAAGAAGAAUAUUUCGACAACCGCCCCAUGCCGAAGAUCAGACAAAGAUACCCGCCCGAUGAACUGAAGAUGUUCAAAGAUAACGGAUCUAAGAGCCUCACCAGAAGCUCCCCAGACGACUCUAGGUAUUACCCGGAGCCAGAAAUCAAGGCCAGGCCGACGUCGCAUCCGAUCCAAAAGGACCAUUUCAAGCACCCUUCCAGAAGCGAUAGGGAAGAGAAAUCCACCAGAUCCCAAGACUACUACGAAGAGCCCCGGAACAACGGCAUCUUCAGAGCAACAACACCAAGCUCCGACGACAUCAAAGCCCCCAGAGACAGGUUCAAAGAUGCUAAGGAGAAAUUCCUGAUGAUGGAGCGCGAGCGAUUAGAAAACGAGCGCAGGAGACCGGAACCUCCGAUCUCUCCCACUAACGUCAAGGAGAAGCCUUUCAAUAAACGCUACAGCGACGGGUUCGCUAAUGGCAGAGACAGGUUUUUCAACGACCACCGAGCUCACCUGGAAGACCCCAAGCCCACUCCGGCGCCGAGGCACUUUCCGGAGGAAAUCCGCUAUCGCGACCCGGAGGUGAGGCUCAGGGAGCGCGACCCAUCCAGGGACAGGUACCGGCCCAGCGACAAGUACGAUCCGAAGAGGCGGUCGAUGUUCAGCCUGAUCGAAGAGGAGCACAGGAAGAACUCCAGCGAAAUAGCCAAGGAGCUGAAGAGGAGGUCGUACAUGGACGGAGGGAAUUACGAUGAGGAGGACGACCGGUCGAAUAGGGAGCGGCACUUCCAGGACCUGCCCGAAGCGGACAGGUUCCUCGACGGCUACUCGAAGUCCAACGGCGAGCUGGCCGAGAAGAUGGGCGAUUCGAAGUAUAUCAAGAACCAGAAGCAGGGAAAGGGCUCGGCGGGAUACAGGCACAGCUACGCCGAGCCUAUGCUCAGGAUGGAGAAGAACGGGAAGAAGUAUUUUCCGGAGAUAUUGCACAGGACGAAUAGCUCGGUUGGGAACAGCGGAAGAGUGGGCAUAGCCAGCGUGCAUCCCUAUUGA